AUGGAUGUAGCUUUCCGAAAGAUCGAUAUCGACGUCUACGAUGAAGACGCUCUUCAAGACUCAGAGCUGUACGAGGCUGACUCUCGCGAUCCUGCACAGGUGUUAGGAGACGCGAGGGCAAGGCAGGCUUCUGUGAGGAGUUUACUGGCAAAGAAUGAUAUUGCUGGAGCGCUGACAGCUAUUCUCGAAAACGCGCCCUACGGUCCAAAUGUUGAAGACGCUAAGACCAUGUCUUUGCAAUCCCUACUCACCGUCUUGAACUCUACUAAAUCCACCGAGAUACCCGCCGUUAUCAAAUCUCUUUCCAUGGACUCGCAGGACACCCUCAUGAAAUACUUGUACAAGGGUAUGGCUAUGUCAGGAUGGGCCGAUUCGAACGCGAGCGUUCUCCUUAGCUGGCAUGAAAAGCUCACAGAAAUAGCAGGGACAGGAUGUAUUGUGAGAACGAUGACGGAUAGAAGGACUGUGUAA